AUUAGUAUUGAACAAAUAAACAAAUUAAUAUAAUACUGAAUUACAUUGUUUYGUGCCUUGAUCACCUAAAUAUCUGAUCAUUUUCAAAAUUCCACUCAGGGAUAAAAUGCUGAGGAGGAAGGAGGAGGUGUUCCAAUGUUUGCUUAACUCCAUAUUCUUACGUUCCACAAACACUGAACCUGCAGUGCAAACCAGGCUACCUGAAAACAGAUGGUAGACUGUUAUAUAAGUAUUUGGAUUUGUUGGACAGGAUGAAAUCAUGUUUGAUUUCAACACCUAAGUGACAGCUUUUACCUCUGGACAUUUCCACAUUUAAACAAAGAUGGACUGCAAAUGUAUCUAGUGUGUKKAGUCGAGUUCUGACUAAUGGAUUGAGAGUAACGAAUGUGCUUGUGCGUCUGUGAGGAGGGUGCCACCUGAGCAGACAGUCACCCAGCUCAACUAUAUAAAGGCUGGCCAGACCAAGAAGGGGCCAAGAAGCAGCUCCAGGGAGCCAAAGAGAGAAGAAACCAGCAGAGAUCUACCUACGCACAGCAGGCAGCCAGGCACAGACUCCCCCUUUCUCACUGACACUCAACAGAGGGAACACAGGAGGUCAAAAGAUGAAAGGCACCCACUCUUUCGCCGGACUUCUGCUCUUGAUCAUUGUUCAGAGCAGCUUGCAAAUCCCGCAGGAGGACACAGAGGACAACUCCAGCCUAUUGACAGAGGACUCUAUGUUCAGCGAGCCAAGGGAGCUUUCAAACACGAAGAGACAUUCAGAGGGAACAUUCUCUAACGACUACAGUAAAUAUCUCGAGUCGAGACGAGUGCAAGACUUUGUCCAGUGGCUAAUGAACUCCAAGAGAAGUGGGGGUCCCAUCAAACGACAUGCAGAGGGUACCUACACCAGCGACGUGAGCUCCUACCUGCAGGACCAGGCAGCCAAGGAGUUUGUGUCCUGGCUGAAGAAUGGCCGAGGCAGACGAGAAUAGGGCUCCUCUACUCAGCCACAGAGUCCUAGUGUCUUAUUACUCAGUCACAGAGUCCCAGUGUCUUAUUACUCAGUCACAGAAGUCCCAGUGUCUUAUUACUCAGCCACAGAGUCCCAGUGUCUUAUUACUCAGUCACAGAGUCCCAGUGUCUUAUUACUCAGCCACAGAGUCCCGGUGUCUUAUUACUCAGUCACAGAGUCCCAGUGUCUUAUUACUCAGUCACAGAGUCCCAGUGUCUUAUGUCUUAUGAGCCCCCAGUCAAGAGAGAAUGCAACUCAUCCAGAAUGACCCCCCUGUUCCAUUUCCUGUUUUAUAACCUGUAUCCUCCUUCCUCUGGUCAUGCUAAUAAAUCCCAUAACAAGAAA